GUUUGAGCUAUUGAUUUGUGGUGUACGUUUGCCUGAUUUUGAUAGAUUGUAAAUUAAAUUAAAUCAGCAAAAAGGUGUUCUUGUUGAUAAAUAACAAUAUUCUACAUUAAAUAGAACAGAUUCUACGUUAAACUACAAAAAUGUCUAGACAAACGUCUCGUCUCGAUGCCAAGAAAGUCAAUUCUGAGCUCCUAACCCUCACUUAUGGCGCUCUGGUGUCUCAAAUGCUGAAAGAGACUGAAAAUCCUGAGGAUGUGAACAAGCAAUUGGAACGUAUUGGUUACAACAUGGGCGUUAGACUAAUCGAAGAUUUCUUGGCCAGAACAACGUCGACACGAUGCCUGGAGAUGAGGGAGACCGCUGACAAGAUACAGCAGGCUUUCAGGUUAUACCUAAACAUGCAGCCCACAGUGACUAGCUGGAGUAGCUCCGGAGACGAGUUCUCUCUGGUCUGGGACCAGUGUGCCUUGAGCGAUUGGGUGGAGAUGCCCAACAAUGGGUUGCGGUACUGCGCACUGAUUCCCGGAGCCAUCCGAGGAGCUCUGCAGAUGGUACAGCUUGAAGUGCAGUGCUGGUUUGUGCAGGAUCAACUGAAAGGCGAUGCAGUAACUGAAUUACGGGUGAAAUAUAUCAAGAGAUUAGAAGACGCAGUGCCCGCUGGUGAAGACUAGUCAUUUAUUCUAUUGUAUAACUUUAUUUUAUUCUCAUUAUAAGUCUACAAGCAAAA